AAAAUUGAGGAUGUAAGUGGGGCGAACAGAUGAGCUGAAUAUGUGUUGAUCUAGGCUAUUUAUUUUGUGUUUUUGUGUUUUUUAAAAUGUCUGAGUCACCGGACGCGCGCAGCUUGGUUUCAGCCUCUUCACAGCUCAAUUUAAUGGAAAUAGAUGCGAUUGAUGAUAAAGAGUUUGAUAUCCCACAAGUGGAUACUCCCCCAACACUUGAGAGCAUCUUGAAUGAGCCUGAGGAUGAGGAUGAGCCCUUCAUCUUGGAGGACACAUGUUUCCUCAACACCGAGAACAUCGACACACAUUCCUGUGAGACCUCCUCCCUUGCCAGCUCUGACAGUGGAGAUCGCACACACCUGAAGAGGAAAAAGAAAGCAGUGGAGAUGAAUGUAACCGUCCAUGGCUCAGUUCUCAGACACAGCAUCCUGAAGGGCAUCUCGGCUCAGAUGGCGUCCGCUGCUGACAAAGUAGACGCGGGCUUGCCCACAGCUAUUACUGUCUCCAGUGUUAUUGCAGUCGGGACAUCGCAUGGUCUGGCGCUGGUGUUUGGAAAAGAUCAGAACCAGGCGCUACGGCUGUGCCUGGGAACCACGGCGAUGGGAGCAGAGUAUGGAGCUGUGUCUGCCCUAAGCAUUAACCAUGACUGCACCCGGUUACUUUGUGGCUUUGCCAAGGGACAGAUCACAAUGUGGGACUUGGCCAAUGGGAAGCUCCUUAGAACGAUCACAGACGCCCACCCACCUGGAACAGCAAUUUUACACGUGAAGUUCACUGAUCAUCCAGCGUUGGCUGUGUGUAAUGACAGUGGUGGCUCGGUGUUUGAGCUGUCGUUCCGGAGAGUGAUGGGGAUGCGCACCUGUGACUCCCGCUGUCUGUUCAGUGGCUCCAAGGGAGAGGUGUGCUGUGUGGAGCCCCUACACGCAGGCUCGGAGCUCAAAGAUCACCCCAUCACCCAGUACUCACUGCUGGCUAUGGCCUCCCUCACCAAGAUAUUGGUGAUUGGACUAAAACCGUCCCUGAAGGUGUGGAUGACUUUCCCCUAUGGCAAGACUGAUCCUGCUAGCGUGCCCCAGUUAGCCUGGCAGUUUGUCUCCGCGCAGAAAGCUGUCAACCCUAUCCUGGCCUUCUGCAGAGGCGACCAUGUCCACUUCCUGCUUGUAAAAAAAGAUGAGUCCGGAACCAUCCACGUCAUCAAACAGCGGCAGCUACAUCUCAACUGUGAUGUCAUCAGCCUGAGCUGGAUCAACUCUCGGACGCUGGUGGUGGUGGACAGUGUGGAGAAGCUGCACGUGGUGGACAGGCCCAGUCAGGAGGAGCUGGACAUGGUGGACCUGGCUGAGGUGCAGCUGGUCUACAACAGCAGCCACUUCAAGUCCCUGGCCACCGGUGGCAACGUCAGCCAGGCCCUGGCCCUGGUUGGAGAGAAAGCCUGUUACCAGUCUGUGUGCAGCUAUGGAGGCCAAGUUGUCUACCUGGGAACCAAGUCAGUCCACAUCAUGACCUUGAGGAACUGGAGGGAGAGAGUGGACCACUUGCUGAAGCAGGAAAAGUUUGUGGAGGCUCUGGCCCUCUCCUGGUCCUUCCAUGAGGGCACUGCCAAGGCCGUGCUGGGAUUAUUUGGGGAACCCGCCAAGAGGAAAGGCGUAGUCGCUGACAAGAUGGUCGAGAUCCUCUUCCAGUACGUGGAUCGCUCUCUGAAGAAAUGUCCGGAGCAGGGCAAAAUCCAGGUGAUGGAGCAACACUUCCAGGACAUGGUGCCUGUCAUGCUAGAUUACUGUCUGCUUCUUCAGAGGACAGACCUGCUCUUCAACCAGAUCUACGGGCGCCUGGUGGAGAACUCUGUUGCCAAAGGCGUGUUCCUGGAGAGCCUGGAGCCUUAUAUUUUGAGCGAGCGGAUUGGCUGCCUGACUGCGCCCGUCAUGAGGGACCUGCUGGCCUACUUCCAGGACAACGGCAUGAUGGAGAGUGUGGAGGGCUGCCUGGUGCACAUGGACAUCACCAACCUGGAUAUUCAGCAGGUGGUGCAAAUGUGUUGGGAUAAUCAGCUUUACGAUGCCAUGAUCUACGUGUUCAACAGUGGAAUGAAUGACUACCUCACACCGAUGGAGAAACUAUUCCAAGUCAUUGGGCCACCACUGCGGGAAGGCAAGCCCCUCACAGAUGUAGAAGUUGUGAUGGGGAACAAGCUGUUAGUUUAUAUAAGCUGCUGUUUGGCAGGAAGAGCCUAUCCUUUAGGAGACAUUCCAGAAGACCUGGUCCCCUUGGUGAAGAACCAGGUGUUUGAGUUUCUAAUCCGGCUGCACUCAGUGGAGUCGUGUCAGGAGGAGGAGGUGUACCCCUUCAUCAGAACACUCCUGCACUUCGACACUAGGGAGUUCCUCAAUGUCCUCGCAUUGACGUUUGAGGACUUCAAGAAUGACAAGCAGGCUUUGGAGUACCAGCAGAGGAUUGUGGACAUUUUACUAAAGGUGAUGGUGGAGAACUCCGACUUCACCCCCUCCCAGGUGGGCUGUCUCUUCACCUUCCUCGCUCGUCAGCUGGCCAAACCAGACAACACCCUCUUUGUCAAUCGCAAGUUGUUUGACCAGGUUUUAGAUUUUCUCUGUAGCUCUGAUGAUGAUUCAAGACACACAGAGAGACAGCAGGUGCUGCUGGAACUCCUGCAGGUGGGAGGUGUUGUACAGUUUGAUGAGGGGCGGCUGCUAAGUUUGGCAGAAAAGGCCGAAUUCUACCAGAUCUGUGAAUUUAUGUAUGAGAAGAACCACUUGUAUGACAGGAUCAUUGAUUGCUACCUGAAGGACCCCCUGAGAAAGGAGGAGAUUUUCAACUACAUCCACAACAUCCUGUCUAUGCCAGGCUACAGCCCAGAGGAGAAGCACUCCGUCUGGGACAAAACCCUCCAGCACAUCCAGGAACUGGUGAGCAUGGAUCCCUCCAAAUCAGCUGAGAUGGUCUCAGUGCACUUUGUCGAUGAAGUCCAACCCAUUACCACAACGUUACAGGAGGAUUAUCUGGUGUUCCAGUUUCUGAAGAAUCUCCUUGACCCCAGAGAGGGCCACCCUUCCCAGUCCCUUGUGAAGCUGGGCCCCGACAUGCACGAGCAGCUGGUGGGCCUGCUGUGCCGCUUCAGCCCCCAGGAGGUCACCGCCUUCCUCAAGACCUCCCAGGACUACCGUCUAGAGGAGACCAUCCAGGGGUAAGACAGACGAGGAGGGAGAAAGUGACAGAGAGGAAGAAGACAUAAACGUGAUGGAAAGAACAAAGACUUCUUGAGAAAGUGAAGGAAACAGAAGCAGAGAGACCCGGGGCGAAGGGGGAAUAAGGCGGUUAUGGCGUAAUCACGUUACAAAAAAGAGACGGAUUGCUUCUCAUGUUGAAAAUGCUGUCUUAAUGUGCUUUUUAGGUUCAUUAUGGGAAAGGCCUGACGGUUAAAUUGCCUGGCCAGACAGUAUAGUAUCUGGAGAGAUGGGGAGAGAUGAGGAGAUAGACCAGUGCCUUCCCCGCCCUCCUGGCUCUGCAGUGCUAGCGGGAUCAAUAGAGUUUUACAGGCAGUGGCAGCUAAUAAAUAUUUUAUCAGUGCGGCAAGCCGUGAGAGGACAUGC